GUUCCGUUUGGAUAUAUUGUACCCCAGAUUCCUGGCCUUGGAAAAGAAUUGCAUCUUCUUCCCCUUCCUGCAGUCAUUUCUACUCAUCUCUGAACCCAAUCCUCUGUUUGGCCGAGCCAUUCCAGCUCUUUCGCUUCCCCAGACGACAGCGGAACCCUUCGAGACAUAGAUCUAGGCACGAUGGCUUCUCGAAUCGGACAACUGGCUUCCCACCUCAACCCUGCCACCUGGAACGACAAAGGCCUGGCUGCAGCCAAGCUCAAGCACGAUGACGACGUCGUCAUCGUCGCUGCAGGACGCACUCCUUUCUGCAAAGCCUUCAAGGGAGAGCUCAAGGAUACCUCCUUCUCCUACCUGAUGCUGGAAAUGUUCAAGGGCAUCAUUGCCAAGGCUGAUGUUGAUCCAUCCAUCAUCGAAGACAUAGUUGUCGGCAAUGUUAGGAACGCCGAUUCAUCCUAUGAGGUUCGCGCAGCUGCCCUUGCUGCUGGCAUCCCCCACACUUCUCCAACCCUGAUUGUCAACCGCUUUUGCUCGUCCGGUCUGAUGGCUAUCCGUACAGUUGCCAACCAGAUUCAGGCCGGCGAGAUCAACUGCGGUCUGGCUGUCGGUGCGGAGGCCAUGACCUCCCAUUCCAAGCAUGAAUGGGCCUUUGACGAAGAUGUGACGAGCAUCAACCAAGAGGCCACGGACUGUGUGAUGCCAAUGGGUUGGACUUCCGAGAACGUCGCCAAGGACUUCAAUAUCUCUCGUCGCGCCAUGGACGAAUUUGCCGCUCGCUCGCACCAACGUGCCGCAGCAGCCCAGAAAGCAGGCAAAUUCGACGCUGAAAUCAUGCCCAUCAACGUGCCAGCAAAUUCAGAAAAGGGCCCGGGCAAGCGGCAAUACAAGAUCGUCAGCGCUGACGAUGGCAUCCGCCCCAACUCGAGCGUCGAUUCGCUCGGCAAGGUUCGCGCCGCUUUCCCACAGUGGGAGCCGAGCAACACAACCGGCGGCAACGCAUCGCAGAUCACUGAUGGUGCAGCUGCAGUGCUUCUCAUGCGCCGCUCGUACGCCAAGCAGCUCGGAAAGAAAAUCCUUGGAAAGUACGUCAGCUGCGCCGUCUCCGGCUUAGAACCACGCAUCAUGGGCAUCGGGCCCAGCCUCGCCAUCCCUAAGGUCCUCGAGCAGACCGGCAUCAAGCUGGAGGAAGUCGAACUCUUUGAGAUCAAUGAAGCUUUCGCCUCAAUGGCAGUCUACUGCGUUGAGAAGCUCGGCCUCGAUAUUGAAAAGGUCAAUGUCAACGGAGGAGCUUGCGCACUCGGUCACCCCCUGGGUGCCACCGGCGCUAGGCUCGUAGUCACCGCCCUUGCCGAGCUCGAAAGGCGCAAGCAGCAUGUGGCUGUCGUGAGCAUGUGUAUUGGACUCGGCAUGGGCGCUGCUUGUGUCAUCCUUCGCGAAGACUGAGUGCUUUGACAACAAGAGCAAUGUGUACAUUUCGAAUUGAGUACUUGUGAGAAUGCGCGUGGUACCCUGCUGCAUUCCAGAAUGCUCAGGUCGGCCUUCGGGUGCUUCACGUGCGAAAAGCCUCGAUUCAUAUUUCUACUGGCCCAACUUUGCCACCCAACGACCUUAUCAACUUCAAGAAGUUCUACUUUGAAUCAUGCGCAUUUUUGAAUUGAUUCAGCAAUACUUGCAAUUCAGCGAAGUUUAGGUUCAAUAUUUAUUGAAAAUACUAAAGUAGGAAGCCAUGUUCACCCCUUCCACU